UCCCAAACCGGAGGGGCCCGGGCUGCAGGAAACCGCCCCGAGCUGCUUUCACACGCCUCAGGGACGGGCAGACUCCCGCCUCAGGCCCUGCAGCGUCCAGGUCCUGCAGCUUCCCUGGCCCUGAACCCUUUCCCAGACCCUGAAACUCUCCCCCAGGUCUCCAGAACCCCCCGAAUCCGCUGCGGGGUGCGGCACCGCCAUGUUCGGCUCCUCCCGGGGCGGGGUGCGCGGGGGCCAGGACCAGUUCAGCUGGGAGGAUGUCAAGACAGACAAACAGCGUGAGAAUUAUCUGGGCAACUCCCUGAUGGCGCCGGUGGGGCGGUGGCAGAAGGGCAAGGACCUCACCUGGUAUGCCAAGGGCAAGAAGGACACGGGGCCCCCGUUAUCCCGGGAGGAAGAGCUGGCUGCAGUCCGCCUGGCCGAGCAGGAGGCCAUGAUGGCAGCGCUGGGCUACAAGAGCUUGAAGAGGCAGCCCACGGGCCUCAGCAAAGAGGACCUGGCUGAGGUGUGCAAGAGGGAGGGCGGCGAGCGGGACGAGAAGGACGUGGAUCGGCUGGUGGGUUUGGGCAGCUCCAGUGGCAGUGCUGGCAGGGUGAUGCUCUCCAAGGAGGACAGAGAGGCGGCCAAGAUGGGGCUCUCGGUCUUCACGCACCAGAAAGUCUCCAGCAGCCCAGAGACAUCUGUCUCCAAGAAGAAGCAGGAAAAGGAGGAGAAGGUGGAGGAGAAACGACCUGAGAGCAGCAAAAAAUCCAAAAAGGAGAAGAAGAAGGAGAAAAAGAACAAGAAAAAGAAGAAACACAAGAAAGAGAAGAAGAAGGACAAGGAGAAGCAUUCUAAGAAGGAUGCUGCCCCAUCAUCCUCGGAUUCUUCCCCAGAUCGGGAUAAGAGGCACCACCGCAGGAAAACUCCGCAGCACUCGGAGGGGGCGCGGCACAGCCGGCGGCGGCGGCACGACACCGAAUCGGGCACGGAAUCCUCGGCGAGCAGCGGGAGCGGCGGCCGGAGCCCCGCCCGGCGGCGCCGCCGGAGCAGGGACGGCCGCGGCCGCCACCCGUCCCCGCGGAGGAAGGGCAGGAAGAGGAGCAGGUCCCGCUCCCCCCCGGCCCGCGGGGUCCGGCAGCGCCACGACACCGACUCGGAGGACUGAGAGGGAGCCUGGGCUUGUUUCAGGGACAUCUUGCAGAGAUUUAUAUUUUUUAAGUGAUUAAAUUAAAAACGCUGCAGCCCCGCGGGUGCUGGGGCAGUGUGGCAAAGGGCAUUAAGGCUGUGGUGCCAGCAGGGCCUGGGCACCCUUCUCCUCACUCCUAAAAUCCAUCCAGGCAGGAUUGAGCACGGAGGAUGCUGUGGGUGAGGGCUGCUGCUGGAGUGCUUCUGGCUGUGGUGCUGAAAAUGCUGUGGAUACCUCGUGUUUAUGGAUAGAGACUUCAGAAGAGAUUAUUAUUAUUAUUAUU